AUGCAUCGAGGAAUUUUAAAACAGUGUGUAAUGACGCGUAGCUACGGUAAUUGUCAUAUGCGUUUGUCGUCAGUGAUGCAACGUCUCCGGUGGUUCUUCGAUGACUAUGAUCUCUAUCCCAGUCGUAUGCUUGUCUACAGGCAUGUACCAACCCAAACAUUCGAAGUAGUGAUCGCUGGACUUUUAAUAUCAUCGAUAGUGAUGUCAUGUGCAGUGGUGGUGACUGGACCAUUUUGCUGUCAGAAAUGUCGCAUGUCAACAACAUUUAUCGUUCUGCUGACAGGUGUCUGUGUUGCAACUGCUUGCUUUGUAUACUGGCAAGCUAACCUCGAAGGGCAGACGUUCACACUCCAACAUACUCCAGUGCACGAUUUAUAUCCAUACGAAUAUAGUGAGAAUGUCCAGAGAAAAGUGCUCAUGUAUGACAACCAAAAUGAGUGA